GUUAUACCUCUUGGGGCCAUGGAGUCUUCCCUUGAAGCUAGUAAAUCUUUGGAAAAGUUUCAAUUGCUUCUUGAAAAGGUUGAAAAUGCAAAAGUAGAAGGCGGCGAGUUGGAUCACUUAUGCUCUGAAUUGCAAGCAUUAGUUGCAGCUCAAAAACCACCAAAGUCCAUCAUAGAAAACAUUGCUAAAUGUUUCCCAUCGGAUGCAAGGCUCAUUGUUAGAUCAAGUGCUAAUGUUGAGGAUUUGGCUGGUAUGUCUGGAGCUGGUCUUUAUGACUCUAUACCAAAUGUAAGGGCUUCAAACCCAGAGGUAUUUGCAAGUGCAGUUGCACGUGUCUGGGCAUCAUUGUACACUCGGAGGGCCGUUCUUAGUCGAAGAAUUGAUGGCAUGCCAGCUACUUGGGAUGAGGAUCGUGUUAGCGAGCAAUUUAAAAAAUAUGGUGAAAUUGAGAAAAUUGAGCUAGCACGUAACAUGCCAACUGUAAAGCGCAGAGACUUUGGGUUCGUUUCUUUUUCAACUCAUGAUGCAGCCGUGGCAUGUGUAAAUGGUUUGAGCAACAGUGAGCUUGGAGAAGGGGACAGUAAGGUGAAGGUGAAGGCAAGACUAUCUAAGCCUCAUCAGAAAGGAAGAUUAAUGAAACAUGGUGUUAGAGGAGAUUAUAGGAUUGGCCGUGGGAUUGUACGUGGUGCUGGGCGUGGUAUCCGAAGGCCAUGGUGACGUGUUCUAGGACGUUUAGAGCCUCAGAGGUUUACAGGACGUGGUGGGAGAUUUGUUGGUCGAGGUGGUCAAAUCACAGGUCGUGGAAUGAAGCGUCCUUUGGGACGAAAUGUAGUUCAACAUGUACAAGAGAGAGUACCAAGUAGAAAUCCACCACAUGUAGAUAGGAUUCGAGAUAGGCAUCCCCCAGCUCCAGCCUAUCCUAGAAGCAGUUCUAGGAGAGAUUAUGGAAGACGUGAGGAAGCAUAUGAUGAUCGCCAGGUACGAUCUUCUACUAGAUCUGUUCCUGAUUUUGCUACCAGAGCUGCUGCAA